CCAAGCCAUUGAGCAAAGGAAGAAAAAAGACAGAGCGCGUAAAAUUAGUUCCAAGUUUACAAAACAACGAGAAGGUACCCGCUGCCUCAGUGCGGAGAGGUGAAGCACAGCUCCAAUGGAGGUAGCUCCCGAAGAAAGUGAAGACAAGGGCAUCGGAUCCUCAAUUUCAUUACACUCCCUUCGUUUAUGGAACCGAAUUGCAGCAUUUUUCCCUUCAUCUCGCGAUUCCAAUUUUCUUUGGAAACUUUCGAGUUUCCUUCGCCGGAGGAGACGUAAGACUGGUCUUCCUCUUCCUCUACCUUUGUACUCGACAAACUCUUCCCUUUUAACAGUAACAGGCAGGGAACCAGCAGAGGCAUCUAGGCUGUAUGAUGUUUUGGGCGAUCUUUUGGAGCACUGUUUCUCGAAUUUGCAUAACAUUUGGAAGAACUUGCAAUUCUGGCAAUCUCGUGCGGAGGGUACAAAUGCUCAAAAAGUUUACUUUCUGAUUUGUGAGAGAGGUCCACGGGCUUUUUUCAGUGGAACAGUGCAGUUAAUACGCCAAAGUUUUACGGAUGGUUUUUCUUUACAACAUCAAGCUCGUGAUGCAUCUGUUUACAUAGCCGACCGGAUAACUAUAUUGAGUAACUUAAGAUGUCAUCUUGCAGUUUUUGUGGCUCAGGUCUUCAUAGAAAUUGACAGAAUUGGGGCAGAAGCGGUGAAUGAUCCAGAAAAUCACUUGCCUUCAUUGUUGCUUACAAUGAAUGGCUUAUUUCUCAAUCUAGAGGCAUCCAUUUGUCAACUGCAUGCAGCAUAUCAUAUGGAUUUUAUCGAUGGCAGCUUUUUAUUUCCACUAUUUGAAAAAUUACCAGAUGUGAAUAAGGAGGGAUCUCAGUGGACAAGUUGUGAAAUUGGAGACGCCAUCAACUUGCUUUAUCAGAACCUUCACAAGUUGGACUCUUUCAUAUCUUUUCUCGUUUUCAAACAUCGAAAGCCAAAGAAACUAACUCAAUACUGGCUUGGAUAUACUUGUGGUGUAAUUGGUCUUUCAGUGUGUUCUGUUUGGCUUCUUCAACAUAGUAGCUUAAUGGGGAGCCAUGACCUUGAGAAUUGGGUUCGUGAAGCACAUAAUUCAGCAGCUAGCUUUUUCAAGGACCAUGUAGAACAACCGCUUAUUUCCAUAAGAGACGAACUCUUUGAUACAUUUAGAAAGAGGCAUAAAGGUGUCAUGGAGGUUGAAGAGCUUCAGUUAACUGCUACCUCGCUGCACAGAAUGUUGCUUGCUUUCAGUGAACACACGAAAGGCCAGAAGUUCCCAGAUGAUGCAUCGGAUCAAGAAAUGCUUGCAAUUGUUAUGGCCAGGUAUGAGAAAGAACUGAUGCAUCCCAUUCAAAACCUUCUUAGUGGAGAGUUGGCCCGUGCUUUGCUUAUCCAGGUACAGAAGCUAAAAUUGGAUAUUGAGACGGCAAUGCUUGAGCUCGACCAGAUUCUCAAGGCAAAUGAAAUCAAUUUCGCUGUUCUAGCUGCAUUGCCUGCAUUCUUUCUCUCACUUCUUUUGCUGAUGCUUUUGCGCGCCUGGUACAAACAGGACUCUAGAGCUGAAGGUAAGGGGAGAGCUGCUCGGCUUCAGAGAAGACUACUAGUUGUGGAGGUGGAGAAAGCAAUUAUGCAAUACCAGAGUUUUGUCGAUCAAGGACGUGUUAAAGAUGCAGAAUGUAGGUUUGGGUUACUGUUGUAUAGUUUGGGUCGACUAUACCAUGCUUCCGAGAACCAUGCCAAAGCAACUGGUGAAUGGCAAUAUUUGAGACAGGAUAUUUUGGAUCUCGGAAAACCUGACCUUCCAACAAGAGAUAAACUCAGAAUUGCGACGCGCAUGGAGCGGGUGUAUGAUUGUUUACUUCCUGAAAUGAAACGGCUAUAACGCUCGGUCUUUUUGCUUCAAUUCAAUUCCCCAGGACAGUUUUCUGAUUAGCUGAAUGGAAGUAGUAGUUUAGUCUCCACUUCCAAGCCUGUGCUUUUGCAACCUGCACAUAGGCCCCUGGUUAAGGCCAGUUUGCGUUGCCUGCAUUAUGUAAGGUGCAAAGCUUUUGUUGUUGAGGAAGAUAUUUAAUGUCUAGCCUUUGAUUUUUUUCUGUUGGGCUGACAACUCUUUGAAAGAAAAUUUACUUUGUCAAUCACAUGUUCAAUUUUUCCAUGUAUGAACAUUGUAACAGUGUUCAUAAAUCAUAGAACUGUAUUUUUUUUUCCUUC